AUGAGCUCCGACGAUGACUCCUCCACCGUCGACAUUCACCCCUUUGUCAACCCGUUUGUCGAAUUGAAUGCUGGACUGUGGUCGCUUUUCGCUGGCGCGACUGUGUUUUUGGCAUUGAGACUUUGGUGCAAGGUUACGAGGCGACACGGGUUGUGGUACGAUGAUUACAUUCUUGUGGUAACCUGGACGCUACUACUGGCAAACAACACUUUGAUUAUAUACGAAUUUGCAACCGGCUACGUUCUCAAGGAUUCGUCGCAGCAAUGGGACGACCGCAUGCACAUCUUGAUCAACGUCUCAUCAUGUGGCACUUUGAUCGGUCAGGCAUGGUCUAAGACGGCUUUUGGAGUCACGUUGCUGCGCAUGAGCAACCGUUGGCAGAAGGGUAUCCUGUGGUUCUGCAUCAUCACCAUGAACAUUUACAUGGUCGUCAAGGUCGUCUUCCAGUGGGCCAAGGUCUGCGGCAGCAAGAGCUACGACGUUGACUGGCGCCUCGACAUUUGCCUUGAGAAGCACUUCCGCAACGACUUCAAGGAGGGCGGAAAUGUUUACAACAUUAUUAUGGACUUUAUCUUCGCCAGUUUCCCGUGGCUGAUUACCCGGUCGCUGGAAAUGAGGCGCGCCGAAAAGGUCGGCCUUUGCAUUACGAUGAGCUUGGGAAUGAUCGUCGCCAUUGUUGCGGCCAUCAGAGUGAGCUGGAAGGACGAGGGUAACGACCGUGACGCGUGGUACAUCUACCGAAAUGGCAUGUCCCAAGUCUGGUACUCAUCCGAAAUCACCGGCACCAUCAUCGUCCAGUGCAUCCCGAUCCUCCGCCCCAUCCUUCGUGAGAUCCACACCUCCCUCACCUCCAAGAAGCUCGAGUCCACCGCCGACGGCCGCAGCACGACCUUCGGCAGCAAGAUGAGCAGCGGCAAGCGCAUCUCCGCCACCAUCCACGGCAACGGGCCCCCGUCCGCCGGCCUCGACAAGCAGGGCAACGAACGCAUCGCCCUCCGCGAGAUCCCCGAAGAGCCUGCCGAGUCAUGGAACUGGAAAGACCCCGCCAGCCGCGGCUCCUCGUCGCCGUCAGACACCGACUACAAGCCGAGACCACCGACCGCGCCGUUACCCGACAUGUGGCCGUUAUCAGGCAGCGAAGGACCCGACCUGAGCAAGGGCUCGCACUCGGGCAAGAGUUUGGACUUUGACGACGACAACAACGGCCCGCGAUCUGCCGUCUCCCACCUCGAUGUCGACAUCGAAGCAGCGCCCGUACAAGGGCUUUCGCCACCCCCGCCUCGCAGGUUUCCUUAG